AUGUCCGGCUCCCCCACCAGCCUUGCCGCGCUCCUCCGCCGCAACGCCGCCACCCCCGCCGUCGCGCUCCGCCUCUUCCUCCACCUCACCUCGCCAUCCUCCCCUCCUCCGGCCCACUCCACCUCCUUCCUCUCCCGCCUCCUCGCCGCCGACCCGUCCACCCACCACCUCCUCCCGCGCCUCCUCCGCCACAUCCUCUCCCUCCCACACCCCACCCCGCCGCUCCUAGAGCUCCUCGCCGCCGCCACCUCCUCCCCGCGCCGGGUCCCGCUCGCCUUCUCCCUCUCCGUCCUCCGCUCCCUCCCCGCGCCGCCCACCCCAGUCUACAACCGCCUCCUCCUCGCCGCGCUCACCGACUCCCGCCUCGACCUCGUCGAGUCGCUCUACAAGGAUCUCCUCCUCUCCGGCGCCGCCCCGGACGUCUUCACCCGCAACAUCCUGCUCCAAGCCCUCUGCGCCGCCGGCCGCAUGGACCUCGCGCGCAGGGUGUUCGACGCCAUGCCCGCCCGCAACGACUUCAGCUUCGGGAUCCUGGCGCGCGGGUACUGCCGCGCGGGGCGGGCCGCGGACGCUCUCCAGGUCCUCGACGCCAUGCCCAGGAUCAACCUCGUCGUCUGCAACACCGUCGUCGCGGGGUUCUGCCGCGAAGGCCGCGCGGACGAGGCCGAGCGGCUGGUGGACCGGAUGCGCGCGCACGGGCUCGCGCCCAACGUCGUCACCUUCAAUGGCAGGAUCUCCGCGCUCUGCAGGGCCGGGCGGGUGCUGGACGCGUACCGGAUAUUCAACGACAUGCAGGAGGCGUGGGAGCGGGGCCUGCCGCGGCCCGACCAGGUGACCUUCGACGUGAUGCUCCGCGGGUUCUGCGACGCCGGGAUGCUGGACGAGGCGAGGGUGCUGGUGGACAUCAUGAGGUGCGGCGGGUUCCUGCGGAAGGUCGAGAGUUACAACCGCUGGCUGUCGGGGCUGGUCAGGAACGGGAAGGUCGGGGAGGCGCAGGAGCUGCUCAGCGAGAUGGCUCACGAGGGCGUCCAGCCUAAUAGCUACACGUACAACAUCAUUGUCGAUGGGCUGUGCAAGGAGGGCAAGGCGUUUGAUGUCCGGAGAGUGGAGGAUUUCGUCAGGAGUGGUUCGAUGACGCCGGAUGUUGUGACUUACACCAGUUUGCUCCGUGCUUAUUGCUCCAAGGGCAAGACCGCCGCCGCCAAUAGGAUCCUUGGUGAGAUGGCACUGAAGGGGUGUGCCCCGAAUUUGUUCACGUAUAAUGUUUUGCUGCAGAGUUUGUGGAAAGCUGGUAGGACUGCAGAGGUGGAGAGCUUGUUAGAGAGGAUGAGUGAGAAAGGAUAUAGUCUGGAUACAGCCAGCUGCAACAUAAUUAUUGACGGACUAUGCAGAAGCAGUAAAUUAGAUAUGGCUAUGGACAUUGUCGAUGGGAUGUGGAGUGAAGGAAGCCUGGCUCUUGGCAGAUUGGGUGGUUCGUUUGCAAGUUUAGUUAGUGAUUCUUCCCUCGCCAAAAGGUGUCUUCCUGACCGAAUCACUUACUCGACUUUGAUGAAUGCAUUGUGCAAAGAAGGAAGGUUUGAUGAAGCAAGGAAGAAGUUAAUUGAGAUGAUAGCAAAAGAUAUUUCUCCUGACUCAGUUAUAUAUGAUACCUUUAUUCAUGGGUACUGCAAGCAUGGCAAGACCUCUUUGGCCAUUAAGGUUCUGAGAGACAUGGAGAAGAAAGGUUGCAAUCCAAGCACAAGGUCAUACAACUUGCUGAUUUGGGGAUUUCAAGAAAAGCACAAGUCGGACGAGAUUCUUGAAUUGAUGAGUGAAAUGAAGGAGAAGGGGAUUUCUUCUGACGUCAUGACCUACAACAGCUUGAUAAAAUCCUUUUGUGAAAGAGGAAUGGUCAACAAGGCAAUGCCUUUGUUAGACGAAAUGUUACAGGAUGAAAUAGUUCCUAAUGUAACUUCUUUUGGCUUGUUGAUUAAGGCCUUUUGCAAGCUUCCAGAUUUCUCUGCAGCUCAGAGGGUGUUUGAUGUUGCUGUGAGUACAUGUGGCCAGAAGGAAGUGCUCUAUUGCUUGAUGUGCACUGAGCUCUCCACUUGUGCUCGAUGGAUGGAAGCCAAGAAAAUUCUAGAAAUGGCACUUGAAAUGAGAAUUUCCAUCCAAAGUUUCCCAUAUAAGCAGAUAAUUGUGGGGCUGUGUGACAUCAGUGAGGCAGACCACGCUCAUAGUCUACUCAAAUUGUUUAUAUCUAAGGGGCAUUCAUUUGAUCCAGCAAUAUUCAUGCCUGUCAUAGAUGCAUUAAGUGAAAGGGGAAAGAAGCCGGAUGCUGAUAUGCUCUCUGAAAAGAUGAUGGAAAUGGCAGAUCGUAAUGAUGGUAAUGUUACUGUUUCUGGUGCGGUUACCCCUAGAAGUGGGAAGCAUGAACAGGUUAAGUCUCCUGAAAGUGACUGGCAUGCUCUCCUGCACAGAGAUGACAGUGCUCGCACGAUUAUGAAAAUUACCAAUAGAGUGCGCACUGGAUGGGGCCAAAGAGGCAAUGUGUACGGGCAUAAACGGAAGCAGGAUGACGACAUUUAUGUACUGGAGAACACUGGCUGA